AUGGACGGGCAAGAUGGGUCUGAUUCAGAGGCAUUGCCUCCUCCACCUCCCAUUCCACCUAAUGUGACCCCUGCAAAAGCUGAUGGUGAGCGGGCUGGGCAUGCUUCACCACCAAGGAAGUCUGCAAAGCCUAAGAGAGUGCCUAUGGCGAGGCCAGCAGGCCAGGCGAGGAAAGGACAGUCCAUAUCUCUUCUUACAAACCACUUCAGAGUCUCUGUGAGGAAUGUGGAAGAUUACUUCUACCACUACAGUGUGUCUCUGAAAUAUGAGGAUGAUCGCCCUGUUGAUGGGAAGGGCAUUGGUAGGAGAGUUAUUGACAAGCUGCAUCAGACCUAUGAUACUGAGCUGGGGAACAAAGAUUUUGCUUAUGAUGGGGAGAAGAGUCUCUUUACCAUUGGGUCUCUGCCUCAUGUGAACAAUGAAUUUACGGUUGUUUUGGAAGACAUGUCUUCCAACAAGAGUGCUGCCAAUGGUAGCCCAGGUGGCAAUGAUAGUCCAGGGGAAAAUGACAGGAAGCGUGUUAGGCGACCAUAUCAUACUAAGACCUUUAAAGUUGAGCUGAGUUUUGCAGCUAAAAUUCCGAUGCAGUCUAUUGCCCUAGCUUUGAAAGGUCAGGAAAGUGAAAAUUCCCAGGAAGCUUUCAGGGUGCUUGACAUAGUUCUGCGACAGCAUGCUGCCAAACAGGGUUGCCUUCUUGUGCGGCAGUCCUAUUUUCAAAAUAAUCCGUCAAAUUUUACUGAUUUGGGAGGUGGAGUGUUGGGAUGCAGAGGCUUCCAUUCCAGCUUUCGAACCACACAAGGAGGUCUCUCAUUGAAUAUUGAUGUCUCAACCACCAUGAUAGUUAGACCUGGCCCCGUUAUAGACUUUCUCAUAGCUAAUCAGAAUGUUAGAGAUCCUUAUCAAAUUGAUUGGUCAAAAGCAAAACGUAUGCUAAAGAAUUUAAGGAUAAAAGCUGCUCCGUCAAACACAGAAUACAAGAUUGUUGGUUUGAGUGAACUGCCCUGCAAUCAGCAAUUGUUCACCCUUAAACAGAGAAGUGGGAGGAAUGGGAACAGUGACUGUGAUGUCCAGUCUACUGAAAUUACAGUUUUUGAUUAUUUUGUGAAGAUUCGUGGUGUUGAGCUGAGAUAUUCUGCUGAUUUGCCAUGCAUCAAUGUUGGGAAACCAAAGCGGCCUACCUUUAUUCCCAUAGAGCUCUGCAGUUUGGUGUCAUUGCAAAGGUACACCAAGGCAUUGUCUACACUUCAGAGAUCUUCUCUUGUGGAAAAAUCUCGACAGAAACCUCAAGAAAGAAUGAGUGUUCUCACUGAGGCCUUGAAAUACAAUAACUAUGAUGCUGAUCCCAUGUUGCGUGCUUGUGGAGUUUCAAUAGCCACACAAUUUACACAAAUUGAUGGACGUGUCUUAUCAGCUCCUAGGUUGAAGGUUGGUAACGGUGAAGAUUUUUUCCCAAGAAACGGACGAUGGAACUUCAAUAACAAGAAACUAAUUGAGCCAUCAACUGUUGAUCGCUGGGCUGUUGUAAACUUUUCUGCUCGUUGUGAUGUACGAGGUCUGAUAAGAGAUCUGAUCAAGUGCGGGAACAUGAAGGGAAUCACUAUAGAGCAGCCAUUUGAUGUAUUUGAUGAGAACCCUUCUAUGAGGCGUGGUCCACCCAUUGCUAGAGUAGAAGAUAUGUUUGAGCAGGUUAAGUCCAAGCUUCCAGGUGCUCCCAGAUUUCUCCUUUGUCUCCUCGCAGAGAGAAAGAAUUCUGACAUUUACGGACCUUGGAAGCGAAAAUGUCUUGCUGACUUUGGCAUUGUUACUCAGUGCAUGGCCCCAACAAGAGUCAAUGACCAAUACAUAACAAAUGUGCUUUUGAAAAUUAAUGCCAAGCUUGGUGGCAUGAAUUCAUUUUUGCAAGUUGAACAGUCACCUUCGAUGCCUCUGAUUUCCAAGGUUCCAACGAUUAUACUGGGGAUGGAUGUAUCUCAUGGCUCUCCUGGCCAAUCAGAUGUUCCAUCAAUUGCUGCGGUUGUGAGUUCCCGGGCAUGGCCCUUAAUUUCUCGGUACAGGGCAUCAGUUCGAACACAAUCUCCAAAGGUUGAGAUGAUUGACUCUUUGUUCAAGCCAAUAUCAGAUACUGAGGAUUCAGGAAUUAUGCGGGAACUGCUGAUUGAUUUCUAUACAAGUUCAGGGAAGAGGAAACCUGAUCAGAUUAUUAUUUUCCGGGAUGGAGUCAGUGAGUCACAGUUCAAUCAGGUCCUAAACAUUGAGUUGGAUCAAAUCAUUGAGGCAUGCAAAUUCCUUGAUGAGAAGUGGUGUCCUAAGUUCACUGUCAUUGUGGCCCAAAAGAAUCACCACACUAAGUUUUUCCAGCCUAAUUCUCCUGAUAAUGUUCCACCUGGCACUGUUAUCGACAGUAAAGUUUGUCAUCCUAGAAACUAUGAUUUUUACAUGUGCUCACAUGCUGGGAUGAUUGGAACAACUAGACCCACACAUUAUCAUGUUCUGCUGGAUGAGAUUGGAUUUUCCACUGAUGACUUGCAGGAGCUUGUGCAUUCACUGUCUUAUGUUUACCAGCGGAGCACAACUGCUAUUUCUGUUGUUGCCCCUGUUUGCUAUGCCCAUCUUGCAGCAACUCAGAUGGGUCAGUUUAUGAAGUUCGAUGAAAUGUCAGAGACGUCUUCAAGCCAUGGUGGUGCCUCAGCUGCAGGUAAUGUCGUGGUUCCGGAACUGCCCCGGCUGCAUGAGAAAGUCAGCAGUUCCAUGUUUUUCUGCUGAGUCCUGGUUAUAGUCUGAUGUCUUAUUUUUGUGGCAACUGGUAUGAUGCUUGUCAAACCAAACACAUCAUAGCUGUAAAUAUUCGUUUCAGUUAGUGGUUGUUGUCUUUGUUUUGGACUGGUUGAUCAGAAUGCUCUAGGCUUCAGUAGCGGUUCUAACAUACUCUUCGAGACAUUUGCUUGUGCAUUUGUUAGAGAUGAUAGUACUACUGCUUUUUUAGAAUUCU